AUGGCCAGCAAAUGUGCGUUGCUUCUGUGGCUUUUUGCACAAAUAGUCACCGCAUUUCAGGAUACCGCCAUUCCAAAACCCCUGUCCAACGCUGCGCCAUCCCCGUACCGUGAAGAAGCAGCUAUACCCGCUUACCCGGCACUCGCACCAGCAUUUCCACAUAGGUACUCGUCCGAUCCAUCAUCUUACACUGGCGCCACCUUCGUUCCCCGGGAAGAAUUGCCUCCCUCAUGGCAUCAAGAAGAAGAGGCCCUCUGGUCGUGUAUGACCGGCAACACACCUUACAAACAGUGCAAACAGCUGCACGGCAAGGACAACGUUAGGAAGUGGGAGAAUAUGCGCAAGGAAGAUGGAAACCCGGGGGCUUACGAUGAUUUUCCGAAAGCGCCGGCAUAUACGGAUGUUGGAAAUGGUCAUUUGGAUGGCGGUAAGCAGCAGAAAGCUAGCGCUGAUGAUGCCUACAACGACGCCUCAGAUCCUCAAAGACCAAGUGGGUUUAUUGAUCGAGAGUCCGACAAGGCGAAGGCGACCCACAUGAACGACGUUGUGCCAAGACAGAGAGGUGGUGGUGGAGGAAUGGCGGGUGGAGGACGCGGAGCGGGUACAGGAGGUGCGGCAAGUGGAGGACGAGGGGCGGGUGCAGCAGGACCGGCGGGUGGGAGAGGAGUGGCAUCUUGGGCAGGAGCGGGACUGGCUUACAUGGGGUUUAGCGGAGCUGGAGAAGCACGUCCAUCGGUGACAUUCGGUGAGCUGGGCAUGUCGUGCCUUCUAGUGCUAUCAGCACUUCAUAUCAUGUAA